GCGCUGAACUACAAACAAACUUUUUGGACGUAAUUGUGUAAAUAUUUUAAUAGCUAUUUUAUCAGAGACAUGUGAAUUCCUGUUAGUCGAGUAGACUAGUGUACUGAUUUAUAUGCAUACUUGCAUUUCUACAGACACUUGUAUAAACUAAAAAAAAAAGAGUAAAAUAAGUAGUGUCAUGUAAAUAUAACGAUAAUAUCUUUUGUUUCCUGUAUUACUUUUCUUUCUUUCAUAUACUUACUCAAUCUCGAUUGGUUAAAACCUGAACAUGGAACCUAAAAAUUUUGUGAAAAUAGGCCAAUGGUAACCUAUACAAUGAUUGACUCACCUUUUUCUUUUGAUCUGGUUAUCAAUUUAAAAUUCUGAAUGCUCAGGAAGAAAAAGAAUCGGGGAGCCAGAUCUUGGGCUAAUGGCAGCAGAGUCAGGAGGAACAUGUCAACCAGUACAAUUAGAACCAUUUAUACAUCAGGUAGGUGGCAGCUCAUCAAUGCUUCGGCUUGAUGAUUAUACCUUAUGUAAGCCACUAAUUCCAAGGGAGUUGGACUUUUAUGAGAGUUUGCCUGACAAGUUAAAAAAAUUCACCCCAGAAUAUAAAGAUCUUGACUAUAUUCAGCCUUCUUUUGAAAUAGGCAUCAUUGAAGUAAAGUUUACAGAAGAUAGUGAUGGUUAUGUGACUCUCACAGCUUAUCCACCACAAAAGGUUUAUCAUCAGGGACUUUCAUUAAGUGAUGGUGAGCUGUAUCGAGAAAAGCAUGGAAAGAAUCGAUUGCAGCACAGGUAAACUCA